UGGUUCCUUUUCAUUUGCAUUCCUAUAGAAAAACAAGUGAGAAAAGAAAUUUGUAAGAGGGAAUUAAAUUGUGGUGUUGUGGUUUAUCUAUCACCGAACUAUGCAUGUGUAACGAGCACGUUACAUGCAGUUCCUCGUUGUGGUUGUCAUGCACACUUUAGGGCAAAUACUGUUGCUUUAAACGGACUGCCGCUUAUACACUAAAGACGAAGAAAGAAAAAAGCGAAGAAGACGAUCCAACAUGGCGGUGCCGGCGGGACGGUCUGUCGUAUUUGUAACUGGAAACGCGAAAAAACUCGAGGAGGUGAUUCAGAUUCUGGGCGACACGUUCCCCUACAAACUUAUAUCAAAGAAAAUUGACUUGCCAGAAUACCAAGGGGAGCCAGAUGACAUUUCCAUACAGAAGUGCAAGGAGGCUGCACGACAGAUUGAUGGCCCAGUCAUAGUGGAGGACACCUGUCUGUGUUUCAAGGCACUGGAAGGCUUGCCUGGCCCUUACAUAAAGUGGUUCCUGGAUAAACUCAAGCCAGAGGGCUUGUACAAACUGCUUGAUGGAUUUGAGGAUAAGUCAGCAUGGGCCCUCUGCACCUUUGCAUUCACACCCGGAAAAGACCAAGAGGUGGAGCUCUUCAGAGGAAUAACACAGGGCCACAUUGUGAAACCAAGGGGACCCAGAGACUUUGGAUGGGAUCCCUGUUUCCAGCCAGAAGGCUAUGAUAAAACGUACGCAGAGCUUCCCAAAGAAGUAAAAAACUCAAUUUCUCAUCGAUACCGGGCGCUAGCGGCCAUGUCGGAGCACUUCUUGCCAAACGGCAAGAGGAAGAAGACAGACAAUUGAGUUGUCAUGUUUGGUCAUACAAUGUUAAGAAUCUACUGCAAGUGAGCAAUUGUUAUUUCCUCAUAAUAAAUAUCUCUUUACUGCUUUUUUU